AUGACUAUCAAAGCUGUUAUAUUAGUCGGAGGAGAGACUACCGGUACCAGGUUCAGACCCCUUUCUAUGGAGUCACCUAAGGUGUUAUUUCCAAUCUGCGGAAAACCGCUUGUGUCUCAUGUUAUCGACAAUUUGGUUUCUCAAUUGAGCUCCACUGAGCCUUUAGAGAUCCUCUUGAUAGGUUUCUUCAAGGACUCAUCCAAGUUCGAUGACUACAUCAAAAUCAAAAAUAAGCAAUAUCCCGAUGUCAAGAUCAAGUACCUCUCCGAACCAAACUCAAUGGGCACUGCGGGGGGUCUCUAUUACUUCAGAGAGGAGAUCUUUGGUGAUGAAACAUGCGAGAAAUUGUUGGUUAUCCAUGGCGAUGUGAUCUGUAACUAUCCGUUCAAACAAUUGCUCGAUUUCUACGAUGCCGAAAACUCAUCGGCUGUUAUUCUAGGUAUCGAUCCUGUUCUUUUGAUGAACAAUUUCCACAAUAAGAAGCAGAUCCAAAACCAGGAUCAAAGUUCAUUUGUCACCUACGACAAGGACAGGAUCUUCAGUUUGUAUGGUACUAUCAUAGCCAAAAAGGCUAACAAUGAAGUAGUUCAUUACGUCGAAAAGCCCACGUCUAAGAUCUCCAAAUUCCGCAUGGAAACAGACUAUAACGUCUUGCUCAAUGGAGGUAUCUAUGUAUUCAACAGAAACGUCCUCAGUGAGUUGGAGACUGCCCAUGUCCGCCACAAAGACCCAUCUACUUAUUUUGAAUUUCACGACGAUCUUGAAGAGGAUAAUGUCGACGACAAAAGUAUUUCCUUAGAAUUAGAUAUCUUGAGAACUUUGCCAACUACACCAAACACCAAGUUUUCCACUUACAAGUCCAAUAGCUUUUGGUACCAAUUGAAGACUCCAGUAUCAGCGUUGAUGGCUAACAACUUCUUCUUAGAGCAAUUGUUGCAGAAUGACCAAUACAAGACUCUUGAGCCUCCAUCUGCUGGUGUGGUCCCACCUGUUCUUUCCGUUGGUUCAUGCUUGCAGAAUACAGCUACGUAUAAGAUUGGUCCAAACGUAUCAAUCGGCAAAAAUGUCACGAUUGGAAGAGGUGUCCGAAUUAUCAAUUCCAUCAUUUCCAAUAACGUAACCAUCGGAGACAACACUUUUAUCUCCAACUCCAUUGUCUCUGAUGGUGUCAAGAUUGGAAAAUGGUGUCGUAUCGAAGGUACAAUCACCAGCACAACUAUCAGCAAUGAUAAUGCCAGUAAUUCUGAUGGAUACUUCAAGUUGAUUAACAACAUAGUCAUCUUAUGUCAGAAUACAGUUGUUAACAACCAGGUAUUUGUCUACAAUUCAAUUGUGUUGCCACAUAAAGAGUUGAAAUCAGAUGUCAAGUAUGAAAUUGUUAUGUAA